UAGUAAAAGAAUUUUUUCAGCAGGUUGAAAGAUGUCGCAGUUAUCAGAGGAUCAGCUUGCAGAAGUUCAGGAAACCUUUAACUUAUUUGACCAACGUGGGGAUGGAAAGAUUGCUGCUGCUCAGUUAGGUGAUGUUCUACGGGCCUUGGGCCAAAAUCCAACAGAGAUUGAAGUGAAGAAAUGUGGCUAUGCAAACAACCCAGAUGCGAGAAUCUCGUUUGAAGUCUUCAUACCAAUAUUACAAACCAUCAGUAAAAACAGAGAUCACGCCACAUUUGAUGACUUUGUAGAAGGUCUUAAAAUGUUUGACAAAGAUCAGAAUGGCUUCAUUUCAUCAGCAGAACUGCGACAUAUCCUAACAUCUCUUGGAGACAAACUAUCAGAUGAAGAUGUAGAUCAAUUAUUUCAAGGCAUGGAGGAUGCUCAGGGAAACGUCAAUUAUGAAGAGUUCAUCAAAAUGGUCAUGAAUGGUUGAAGAACAAAGUAAUACACCUAGUUUAUAGCUACACAAUAUAAUCGCCAGUAAAUAUCAUACAUUCUUGCUUCUGUGAUGAAAAAGUGACAAUAGAAUAACAUAGCGCUGGUAGCUUUAGUUUUUCAAGUGCUA